AUGAUCAUCACCCAUCCAAGAAUUGAGGGUGCCAUUGAUCCAAAGGUCGGUCUACCAUAUGCCACUCUCAUGGAGGAGACCAUUGCUCAGUAUGUCGAACGAGUUGACGAAAGUGAGCUUGUCGAGGUUACCAUCAAGAUGGCUAUCUCCCAAAAGACCAUAAAGGCGCAAUCCUUUGCCUUGAACGCACUAAAGCAUCCUCCCAGUGCCAAGCCUUAUCUUCCAGAAUUUCGGAGUCAGCAAGCGUAUCGCUACACUUUGCGAUUCGACAGGCGCUACCUGAGACGUUCUACCCGCGCCUUACUUCGAACCUUCCGCGAUUGGGGGUUUACGGAAGAGCAAUUGGACCACGUGCUCAACAUCAUGCGUCUUUACCCGCUCGACGGAGAAGUACGUUUCGCCGUCAAAGAAGCUCAACGUCAAGACCAAUCACAAGAUGACCUUGAGAUAACCGACUUGGUAGACGAACUUGUCACUUCUGAGGUCAUUCGAAGCCUCUACAAGAAUGUCUUUGAUGCCAAGGAAGCUCUUGCGAAGUCCAAGAACGCCAAUCGAGACAAGUCUCUUCACGAAAUUGCACUUCGUACCCUAGCAAAAAAACAGAACCCAGAGCAGUACUGCGAACUGAAGAAGUUGUUGGCUUCCGUUGCAGAUGGCACGAAAGGAGGAGGACCCUCAGAUUAUUAG